GAGAGAACCCCGGAGCGCCGCCGCCCAGCCCUAGCGCCCCGAGCGGCCGAUCCGACGCCCCCUCCUCGCAGGCAGCCCCCCCUCGGGGGUCGGCGACCAAAGUGUGGGGUUCUGAGAAAAGAGCCAGCUUGGGAUCCCUAACUGGACUGUUCUGGACCCCCGAGGAGGGACCUAAGGCCUGAGCCAUCGCCUUUCUCCCUGCCUGCCCCCCAGGACUGGGCAAUUGCCAAAGGCCCUGGGGGGGGGCCAGAACUGUGGUUGUGCCCCCCCCCAAACCUGGCAGGAUGGGCCCCAGUUAGUUUGCUCAGCCUCAUCCAGCCUCCUUCAGGAGCCCCAGGAGCUCUGAAGACCUGACCUGCUGCCUGCCCACCAUGGAGACCAAGCUGCCCCCUGCAAGCACCCCUACCAGCCCCUCCUCCCCAGGACUGUCUCCUGUGCCACCACCUGACAAGGUGGAUGGCUUCUCCCGCAGGUCCCUGCGCAGGGCCAGGCCCAGGCGUUCCCACAGCUCCUCUCAGUUCCGCUAUCAGAGCAACCAGCAAGAGCUCACGCCACUGCCCCUGCUCAAAGAUGUGCCAGCCUCUGAGCUGCAUGACCUGCUAAGCCGGAAGCUGGCCCAGUGUGGGGUGAUGUUUGACUUCUUGGACUGUGUGGCUGACCUAAAGGGGAAAGAGGUGAAGCGGGCGGCCCUUAACGAGCUGGUGGAAUGUGUGGGGAGCACCCGGGGCGUCCUCAUUGAGCCUGUCUACCCGGACAUCAUCCGCAUGAUCUCAGUGAAUAUCUUCCGGACCUUACCACCCAGUGAGAACCCUGAAUUUGACCCUGAAGAGGAUGAGCCCAACCUUGAGCCUUCUUGGCCACAUCUGCAGUUGGUAUAUGAAUUUUUCCUGCGUUUCCUGGAGAGCCCAGACUUCCAGCCUUCUGUGGCCAAGAGAUAUGUGGAUCAAAAGUUUGUCUUGAUGCUCUUGGAGCUAUUUGAUAGUGAAGACCCCCGAGAACGUGAGUACCUCAAGACCAUCUUACAUCGGGUCUAUGGCAAGUUCCUGGGUCUCCGAGCCUACAUCCGCAAACAGUGUAACCACAUCUUCCUCCG